CGCGGCGGGAAACGAGAUGCCGGCCAAGAAACAGAAGCUGAGCAGCGAUGAGAACAGUAACCCGGAGUUGUCUGGGGAUGAGAACGAUGAUAGUGUCAGCAUAGAGAGUGGUACAAACACAGAGCGCCCAGACACCCCGACAAAUGCAGCAAAUGCCCCUGGCAGAAAAGGCUGGGGCAAAGGAAAAUGGAAGUCAAAGAAAUGCAAAUACUCCUUCAAAUGUGUAAAUAGCCUUAAGGAAGAUCACAAUCAGCCACUAUUUGGGGUUCAGUUUAACUGGCACAGUAAGGAAGGAGACCCGUUGGUUUUUGCCACUGUUGGGAGUAACAGAGUAACAUUAUAUGAAUGCCACCCGCAGGGGGAUAUCCGACUGCUGCAGUCCUAUGUCGAUGCCGAUGCAGAUGAGAACUUUUAUACUUGUGCUUGGACGUAUGACAGCAAUACAAGUCACCCGCUUCUAGCAGUGGCUGGUUCUAGAGGAAUCAUUAGGAUAAUUAAUCCUAUUACUAUGCAGUGUAUCAAGCACUAUGUGGGUCACGGCAAUGCUAUCAAUGAGCUUAAAUUUCACCCACGGGAUCCAAACCUCCUCUUAUCAGUAAGCAAAGAUCACGCUCUAAGACUUUGGAACAUACAGACAGAUACUCUUGUUGCCAUUUUUGGUGGAGUGGAAGGUCACAGAGAUGAAGUGUUAAGUGCGGACUAUGAUUUGCUUGGUGAGAAGAUCAUGUCGUGUGGUAUGGACCAUUCCCUCAAACUCUGGAGAAUUAACUCUUUAAGAAUGAAGACCGCCAUCAAAGAGUCUUAUGAUUACAAUCCCAAUAAAACAAACAGGCCAUUUGUCUCACAGAAGGUCCAUUUUCCUGAUUUUUCCACAAGGGACAUUCACAGAAACUAUGUAGAUUGUGUCCGGUGGUUAGGAGACCUUAUUUUGUCUAAAUCUUGUGAAAAUGCCAUUGUGUGCUGGAAACCUGGUAAAAUGGAAGAUGAUAUCGAGAAGAUCAAAGCCAGCGAGUCCAAUGUCACCAUUCUCGGCAGAUUUGAUUACAGUCAGUGUGAUAUUUGGUAUAUGAGGUUUUCAAUGGACUUCUGGCAAAAGAUGCUGGCCUUGGGUAACCAAGUAGGAAAGCUCUACGUCUGGGACUUGGAAGUAGAAGAUCCACAUAAGGCCAAGUGUACAACACUCACGUACCCCAAAUGUGCGUCAGCAAUCCGACAGACGAGUUUCAGCAGAGACAGCAGUGUCCUCAUAGCCGUGUGCGACGACUCUACCAUCUGGCGAUGGGACAGGCUGCGGUGAAUUCCGGCGCAGAACACUCCCAAUGCUCCGUUUUGUAUAAUGCAAUCUCGAGUUUGUGCCGACUAGUGUCUGGACGAAGUGUGUUGGCUGUAGCCAAGUGUAGUGUGCGCCUCUCUUAUGCCUUUUUACGUACUGUUUUUCCAGCUACAUUUGAGCAGCUUUUAAUAAAAAUUUAUUUUUGUACAGUUUUUUCUAAUGUCUGUUUUUAUGGAUUUCAAAGGGAUCCUGUCAUCGGAAAACAUGUUUUUUUCAAAACACAUCAGUUAAUAGGGCUACUCCAGCAGAAUUCUGCACUGAAAUCCAUUUCUCAAAAGAGCAAACAGAUUUUUUUAUAUUCAAUUUUGAAAUCUGACAUGGGGCUAGACAUAUUGUCAAUUUCCCAGCUGCCCCAAGUCAUGUGACUUCUGCCUGCACUUUAGGAGAGAAAUGCUUUCUGGCAGGCUGCUGUUUUUCCUUCUCAAUGUAACUGAAUGUGUCUCAGUGGGACAUGGAUUUUUACUAUUGAGUGCUGUUCUUAGAUCUACCAGGCAGCUGUUAUCUUGUGUUAGGGAGCUGCUAUCUGGUUACCUUCCCAUUGUUCUUUUGUUUGGGGGAGGAAAGGGAGGGGGUGAUAUCACUCCAACUUGCAGUACAGCAGUAAAGAGUGAUUGAAGUUUAUCAGAGCACAAGUCACAUGACUUGGGGCAGCUGGGAAAUUGACAAUAUGUCUAGCCCCAUGUCAGAUUUCAAAAUUGAAUAUAAAAAAAUGUUUGCUCUUUUGAGAAAUGGAUUUCAGUGCAGAAUUCUGCUGGAGCAGCACUAUUAACUGAUUCAUUUUGAAAAAAAAAUUUUUUUUCCCCAUGACAGUAUCCCUUUAAUUUAUGUACUGUAAAAUGUAUAUGACAUUUGGUUUGUUUCAUACAGGCACGUCUGAAGCCAGAAUACGUUGGUUUUGUAAAUAUCGUAUUUGUAGCAUUUUAUUUUUAUUUUUAAAUAACGUAACGGUUUAUUUAAGUGAAAGUCUUAUUGUGAGGGUUAUUUUCAGUAACUACCAAACUGACAUCGUUCAAAAUGCCCCUUUAGAACUGACCUGAAAUACAAUGUUGUGGCUUGUUCUGGAGAAUUUGUUUAAUAAAUGAAGCAAUGGAAA